AAGUUCAUCGACAAAAUGUGAACCAAAUACAAACUGAAAGGACUUAUUAAAAUUAGUUCAAUUUUACCGCAAAGCAACAGUUUAAAUUAAAGACACAGUUUAAAGUAACAUCGAAAUACUUUCUAUUCGUAUUCGGGUGCGAUGUAUUUGAUGAGAUUGAUUUAUCGGAUUUGUGUUACUUUGAGUGUGGAAUUAAGAACGUAAAUCAUAGUUUUCAGAUUAUCACCCCAACUCGAUCAUUGGUGCUCUGCGCCGAAACUCGACGCGAAAUGGAGGAUUGGCUGGGCUCCUUGAAAACGGCCACAGCGCCGCAGCGUCCACGUGGGGAUAGCUUUCUAAUUGAACAGCAUGAUAUACUAUCUAAUCAUCAUCAUUGGUAUGCCACCUCCCAUGCCAGGCCCACUUAUUGCAAUGUUUGCCGUGAUGCCCUCUCCGGCGUCACAUCGCAUGGCCUGAGCUGUGAGGUAUGCAAAUGCAAGGUCCAUAAGCGAUGCGCUGCGAAAUCGAUAGCCAAUUGUAAAUGGACCACGUUGGCCAGUGUGGGCAAGGAUAUCAUAGAGCAGCCGGAUGGCAUAAUUAUGCCGCAUCAGUGGAUGGAGGGUAAUCUGCCUGUGUCAGCUGUAUGUGCCGUAUGCAAAAAAACCUGCGGUUCGGUAUUGCGUCUACAGGAUUGGCGUUGCCUCUGGUGUCGGGCCACAGUUCAUGUGGCCUGUAGACCCCAAAUGGCAGUGGCGUGUCCCAUUGGUCCGGCAAAAUUGUCGGUGGUACCGCCCACUAGUGUACAUUCAAUCAGCACAGACGAUGCCUGGGAUGUGGCCAGUCCGAAGGGUAAUUUUUCUCCCCUUUUGGUUUUUGUCAACUCGAAAUCUGGUGACAAUCAAGGAGUGAAAUUCCUCAGACGAUUUAAGCAGUUACUCAAUCCCGCCCAAGUCUUUGAUCUAAUAUCCACUGGACCAAGUUUGGGACUUCGUUUGUUUCGUCACUUUGAGAUGUUCCGCAUAUUGGUCUGCUCAGGAGAUGGAUCAGUCGGCUGGGUUCUCAGCGAAAUCGAUCGCUUCAACAUGCAUAAACAAUGCCAGGUGGCUGUCAUGCCUUUGGGUACUGGAAACGAUCUGGCACGCGUAUUGGGUUGGGGCUCCAGCUGCGAUGAUGACACUCAUUUGCCCCAAAUUCUCGAACGUUAUGAAUCCGCCAGCACCAAAAUGUUGGAUCGUUGGAGCAUAAUGGUUUUCGAGAAGGCCAUUGCUGUGCCCAAAAUACCAAAAAUGUCGAUUACCACAGAGCAGGAGGCUCUACUCACUGGCAUGGUCACAUCGGCAAAUCAUCAUUUGCGUUUCAUUGUGGAGACCAACGAUACCCAGACUCUAAUCGCAUCCACACGUAGCUUAUGCGACACAGUGGAUGAUCUUGUGGCACGCAUCUCGGAGCAUCACAAAGACGAUGAGCAACUGACCAUGAAGUGUGACAUCUUAAAACAGAAAUUGAAUAUGCUGCUAGAUGCCCUGCAGGAGGAAGAGAUGGGUGCCCAUACGGGUGAUGACUUGAUAGCGACUAUAAGGAGUCUGAUAGCUCGAAGCAUACCGUCUUCGUCGCAUAACUCAAGCGCAUCGUUGCUCAACCCAAACAUAUCAAUCGAAAAGAAUGAAAAGGAUCAAAUCAACUCUAAGGAACGUCGGAAUAGCCGCUCUCUUCGCUCCAGCGAGAAGGAGGCACUCCAGUGCCGAGCCAACAGCGUAAAGAGAGCUAUUUAUAAUGUGGUCGAGCACUCGGAACCAGGACGACCGAAACGAUAUCAACGCAAACUCUCUAUCACUCCGUUUGAGGCCCUGAAAAUUCCAACUAACGCCUCAGCUGAAUCCACACCUUGUGGCUCCCCUUUGCCCAUAAUACCGCCCAUUAAUAUUAUUUCGCCCACUAUGGAAACCUCUCGCCUUACAUGCAUCUCACCCCUGCCGGAUACACGCCGCGAUUCGGUGGAUGAGAACUUCUUUAACAGCAUCAAUUUGCCGGCACCGCGACAAUUUGCCGACAGUCGACGCAGCUCCGGAGUGGAGGUUAUCCAGGAAAUGGAGGAGGGAGCGAAUGGCGAGACCAUCUAUAGAAUGGGACGUCUUUCACUCAGCGGGGGUGCCAACAUAGACGAUGCCGGUAAUCGUUUAUCACCCUCUGGCAGUGAUGGAGGCGACAAUUCGCCCACUGAACGCAAAGUUGACUUUCUGCGUGUGCCCAUCAUUACGGGGGAACCGAUUGUGGAUCCCCUAUCCGAUUACCGACCCAUUGAGGUAUUCGAACGUACCUACUACAUGGCCCGUGAAAUGGACAAGGAUAAGGAACGCAAGGACACGGAUACUGAUGGGGAAAAGGAGAGCUGUCUCCAGGAGGUAGAUGAGGAGAAGGAGGACAACAUGGUCACAGAGAAGCAACCGGCCCUGGUACACACUUGUAAUCUACAGGUACCCGGCAUAGUCGUUACCCCCAACUCCCAAAACGUUUACACAAGCGCUAGCCUAACAAUCAUUGAUACCGAUGCACAAACCAAUACUGAACAGUCGUCGUCAGAUGAUUUGGGUGGAGAGGCCAGUGAUGUUCUGUCGGCCAUAAGUAACGAAGAAUGCAGUGUGGCCUCCGAGAUAUUCGAUAAACCAGAGGCAGGUCAGACCCUUGGCGAUAUCAUACAGAAUCUUGAUGCUAGCAACUUCACCCACAUUGACUCACCCGAAACUAGUGACGAAACAGAAGCCAUGCCCGGCGAAAGUCUAAUGGAUGAUAUUAGCUCUGUCCUGGGGCAUGAUAUAACUAAUGCCCUACAGGAUAAUACCAUAACCGAUGAUACAACUACUCUAUGCUCGGAGCAUGUUGGUCCACCGAAGCCACCACGUAAGAAGUCCAUGAGUGCACUGACCCAUCACCCACAUGCACAUUCAUCGCGUAGACGUAACUCCUCGCCACCGCGAAUGGCCAGACUGGCACGCAUGGACAGUGAUGACAAUCCACAACAGUUUGGCUUUGAGAAUAUUGUGUUUGAGAUCGAUAAUCGAUGCGAUGACCAGAAAAUACGUGAGCCACCGCGUUACUGUAGUCUGGCUCAGUUCGUGGAAGGUAACGAUAUAGCGCGACAGAGUUUCAAGCGUCCCAAAAAGCGCAUCUCACUCAAAAAACUGAAACAAACUACAACAAUCGUAUCUCAACAGCAGCUAAUGCUCGAAGCAAGUGGAGAAGAAGCCAACGAAACUAGCGAAACGAAUCCAACAAACAAUGAUGAUGGCCAACAAACGCCAACCAAUACGACGCAUUCAAUAAUACCCAAUAAUACUAGCGAAGACGAGCUGUCCACACAAACAGCUAUUAAAAUUGAAAUACACGAUGUUGAAACGACAAUGCGCACCACAACUACGACAACCACCACCACCAAGAUGACAGCCACACAUAAACUUGAAUCGGCAUUGGCAACCUCAUCGUCGCCAACGAAAUUGAAAUCUGGCCAUGGACAAGAUGUAAAGCGCAUUACUUUUGAUGAGUCGUGUAAGAAAGAAUCCUUUGAUGAUGUAAAUCCAAACUAUCCACAGAUAAGUGUUGUUGUGCGACCGCCUACACCAUUGCGCGGUGAUUCUGUCAUGAAACCGACCACUUCAGCCGCCUCAUCGGCGGCCCUGGCAUCAAGUUUGCUGGGUGUACGCGGUAUGAAUGCUUCUGAAAUUCGUCGUCAUUCAAGUCAUGCACCCAGUUUAGCAGUACGCGAAUUCGACAAGGAAAAAGAUCGCCGUCAUUCCGGUUUUAAUCCAAACUUAUUGGCAUUGGAUCCAGAGCAUACGCGUUUCCUUAGCAGCUCACCGGCGGCCAGUCGUCGCAUUAGCUGUGGCAGUCUCUUCAAGCCGAAUGAAGCAUUGCCUAACCUCCAGACCCUCAAGGGUUCCAAGUCGAGUCUAUUUAUGGGCUCGACAUUGUUUGGUUUUGAUCACUUUGCUGCUGGGGAUAAGGAUAAGGACGAUAAGACAGGCAAAGAUAAGGAGAAAACACCAACAGAGGAAACCAAUCGCAAAUUGCCUAUUAUUAAUCCUCUGGUUCGGUUGCCAAAUUGGCCAAAUCUAUCUAAUGGCACGGGGUUCAUAUCGAAGUGCCUUUUGGCCAAUGCUGAUACGCUUUGCGCUGCUGUUAGCCCUCUGAUGGAUCCCGAUGAGACUCUCCUAGCUGGCUAUCAUGAGAAAUGCGUUAUGAAUAACUAUUUUGGCAUUGGCAUUGAUGCCAAAAUAUCCUUGGACUUUCAUAACAAACGCGAGGAACAUCCAGAAAAGUGCCGCUCUCGUGCUCGAAACUAUAUGUGGUAUGGAGUACUCGGCUCCAAGCAACUUCUGCAGAAGACCUGCAAGAAUCUGGAACAGCGUGUUCAGCUGGAGUGUGACGGACAGCGGAUACCUUUGCCGGAGCUUCAGGGCAUUGUCAUCUUGAAUAUACCCAGCUUUAUGGGCGGCACAAAUUUCUGGGGCAACACCAAAAAGGACGAUAUCUUCUUAACGCCCAGCUUCGACGAUCGUGUACUCGAGGUUGUAGCCGUAUUUGGUUCAGUUCAAAUGGCAGCCUCUCGUUUAAUUAAUCUGCAACAUCAUCGCAUUGCCCAGUGUCAGAGUGUCCAAAUAAAUAUUUUGGGUGACGAAGAGAUACCCAUCCAAGUGGAUGGCGAGGCUUGGCUACAGCCACCGGGGAUGAUACGCAUAUUACACAAGAAUCGUGUCCAAAUGCUGUGUCGCAAUCGCAGUCUAGAGGUCUCACUGAAGAGCUGGCAAGAGAAGCAACGGCAGCAUAGCAUUUCCAUACAAAGGGAUGCCUCUUCAACAGCCUCCGAACAUGCCAUCUCCACGGAUGAGGUGAUCUCGGAGCGAGAAUGCUAUGUUCUACUCAAUUUCAUUGAGGCUGUUAGCUCGCUGGUCAAGUGGGUCAAGUUCUUGAUCAUUUCACAUCCAGCUUUGCAGCAUGAUCUCUAUGCCGUGGCUUGUCGGGCUAGUGAGGCUCUAGAGAGUAUUCAUCCGCAGGGCAAACUACUGGAAGGACCUUCACUACGCACAAAGUUGGUAGAAGUAAUUGACUCCUCCCGGCAAUUAUACGAUGAUGCUUGCACUUUGCUUCGGGAUCGUGGCCAUAGUUUAAUUCUACGUGAGGACUUGGAAACGAAAUUAAGCGCCGCUUUGGCCAACAUGGAAAUGGAGCUAAAGAAAUGCUCGGUUCAAAAGUGCAUAGAUGGUAAAUUGAGGGCCUAUUUCAAUGCAUUGGCUCCCAAUGAAGAGCCCGAUGGUCGUCGUAAGUCACGUCCCUUCUGGGUACGACUACGAUCUGGCUCAACUGCUGGCCAACAACAAUUCAAACCACCAUUGAACAAUACCCGUGAGGCGGCGAACAAUUGGAGUGUCAACGAGGUGGUCACCUGGCUGGAGACAAUGCAAUUAUCCGAAUAUGUCGACAGUUUUCUUAAGAAUGAUAUACGUGGCAAGGAAUUGCUCACUCUGGGUCGACGUGAUCUCAAAGAUUUGGGUGUGGUCAAAGUAGGACAUGUUAAACGCAUACUACAGGCCAUCAAAGAUCUGAGUGAAAAUUAGAAUGGUUCCUGUAUUUAACAUACAAAAAAAAUGUACAUACAUAAAUAGAUAGAUAGUGGAUCUGGUCGCUGAUAAUAGUUAGGAAACGGAUGAAGUACAAAAACGCAGUCUUCGAAUCAUACUCUUAGAGUCGUUAUUGAUGUUGUUUGAAGAUCAAAAGGAGAAGGUGGAAUAGGAGGAGUAGAGGGAGGUCUAAGAAUGUUAAUUUUUGCAUACAACAAUCACUAAUUUAUAGGGCGAGAGACUUAAGCAAAAAUCUAGAUCGACAGUCGACGACAAUUACAUACGAAUAUUCUUAUAUAGGAUAUUAUAUGUGACUAUAUUUAACUGAUUCAUUUAUAUUAAACAAAUAUACAUACAUAUAUAUAGUUUUACAGAGACUUCAUUUUCUGCUCUUUAGUUAAGUAAGAUGACUUUUUUGAAUAUGUGUAUUGAUUUAAUUAACAGUAAAACGAAUUUAAUUGUAGUUGGCACACUUGCAUGAAUGUAUCAACAGAAUACAAAAAAAAAGAAGCAAAACCAAUAUAGUUUAUAAGAAAUAUGUUUAAAAUAUACCUAAAAAUUAAUAUUCAAAACUUACGCUUAUUGAAAAUCCCUUUUACCAAAACACACACAAAUACAACAAAACCGAAAUCGAUUCUAAAUUUAUAAGCAAUUUAAAUUUU